AUGACGGCGUCUGUGGCUCCUCGUGCGUUUGUUGACGCGCGCGCGAUGCGUCGCGCGAAACGCGGAGGGCGCGAAGGACGAGGCGGACGCGUGACGCGAGCGGCUCGGGACGAGCAGUCGGCGAGCGAACGCGCGACGUCCGCGGACACCGAUGAUCAGCGAGCGGCGGAAGGAGCGUGGCAGAUCGGUGUUGGAGAGAUUAAUUGGAGCGACGCGGCGUUAGAGCGGCGAAACAAGGCGCUCGCGGCGCUGUUGGACCAGACGAUGCUCGACAAAAAAAUGCUCGAGCGCGCGCUCAAUAAACGCAUCGAAGACGUGAGCGCCGAACUCGUGAACGCGAAGAUAGAAAUAGAAAAGGCAAAGAUGGACGCGGCUAGGCAGACUGAACGACAGCGCGCGGUGUUGUACGCUGAGGUCGAGCGCGACCUUACGGCACGUUUGCGUCAAGGCAUGGAGAAGGAACUACAGGCGAACAUCAGCAAGUACCGAGCGGCGGCCGAUCGCGCGCAAGCGCAAGCCUCCGAGCGAGCAAAAAUGAUCUCGGAUCUCAUGUCCAAUCUCGAGAAGUCAGUCCGAACCGAGGCCAUGGACCAGAUUAUGUUGCUGCGAGCAUCGUUUGAGAAGUCGACCGAGGCAGACGCGGCGAAAAUCAAGGCGCUCGAAGAGACCAUCGCCGCCAUGGACGCUCAAGCAAAAGCUUUGAAGGACUUUGCGGCGGAUCACGAAUCGAUACGCGAAGAUCGAGAUCGAUUGUCUAACUUAGUCACCGAGAAAGAUCAAAAGAUUCUUGCUUUGUCGAAGGGUUUGGAGGACGCAAACAAACAGGCGGCGGAUGCGCUCGCCAGGUUGACGUCUGCCGAAUCGAAGAUUGUGCAGAUGGACAAAAUCGUGGAGGGUCGUGUGAAGUUGACGACGCAGAACGCAUCCAUUCGCGUAGAUGCGGCGCUCGUCGCAAAGAAUGCAGCUGAGGAACGCGCUGAAGAAAUCAAAAGAAUGAGCGACGAACUCAUCGCCGCCGCCGUAAUGCGCGCUGAAACUGCCGAAACGCAGUUGUUCCGUCAAACUGAAAUCUUGGAAGAAUUCGCAGCGGUCACGGACGCAAAGAUAAAGGCGACCGAACUUUUGGUUCAACUACAAGAGGAAACGUCUGCUCAAAAAUUGGAAAUUGAAGAACUACGAAAACUCGUCGAAGUGAACGUCGCAGACGCGACCACUUCUAAAGCGGAGGCCAUGAGCGUCGAAGCAAUGAAAAGUCGCGUGGUCCAAGAGACCACCGAACAGGUGAAGGAAAUGCAAGAGACACACCAAAAGAGAAUGAAAAUCAUGCAGACAGAGAUGGAAGGCGAGUCGGAUGAAUUCGAGAUGACUUUAGAGGCGAAGACAAAGGAGAUCGAAGCGCUGAAGCAAGAAAUUGCGCGAUUGUCGCACGCGGCGCGAAGCGACAACGAAAGAUUUGAGCGUGACAUUCGCGUGCAGACCGAAGUGGCCGCCACGUGGCGCGCUCGCGCGGAGUUCAUGGCGAAAUCCAUAGAGCGAAACGAAGAUCCUAGGAAGCUACUGGAGGAGCGUCGCAGUCGCUUGAAGACAAACUUUAACGGACCGCUUCUGCGAAAGUUUGUUGCGCACGGAUGGAACUUGCCCGAGGAGCAUCAACGCACUUGGGAAAACGGAAGCUUCGCGCACGAUAUCGACGUGGAGAUCGAUCGCGACCAUAAGUUCGAUCCGCACACGGAGAUCGCCAACGCGAAACGACUCGGGACCACCGGAUGGUCCGCUCGAGCGCGCACCGAAGAACCUUAG